AUGGCAGAAGAAAAGGUGAAUGUCUUCCUCAUGGGAAAAACUGGACACGGAAAGAGCACCACUGGAAACAUGAUGCUGGGUCGAAAAGUGUUUAAAUCAAAAUCAAGCGCAACAUCGACUACAAAGGAUGUUGAUUUCAGCUUUGCAAGUUUGAUCAAUUUUCUGUUGAUGGUCGUUGAUGGACCCGGCUUGCAGGACACUUGCAUGGACGAGGCAGAAGACAAGCAGGCAAUUUCUAGGAGCAUGAGCAACGCACUGGCCAUGUGCUAUGAAGGUAUACAUGCCUUUCUGUUUGUCCUCCAGUUCGGUGUAAAAUUCACGGAUGAAGAGAAAUCAGUCCUUGAUGCUCUGAAAUGUUUGUUCGGAGAUGGCUACCUCGAUCGUAUGAUUGUUGUAGUAACCUAUGGAGCUUCCUUUUAUGAUGCAAUGGAAGAUGAAGAUCUUCCACUAGAUUUCCAUUCGUGGUGCAGGAAUCAGGAGGGAGCAUUCCGUGAGCUGUAUGAAAGCUGCAGGGGUCGGUUCGUACUGGUUGAAAACAGAGAGAAGGACAGCGUGAAAAAGCAAGCUAAGCGGAUGGAGCUUGUUAACCUAGCAGCUGCCUUGAAGCGGGAGUAUGCUCCAUACAAUUGCCAGUGUUUUGAGCAAACACAGUUUGAAAGAGAGAAGCUGAUUGUGGAACUUAAAGUUCCAAUAUUGAAAAAGAAGAUUCAGAAAGAGGUUAGUCUUCUUACAGCCGAAAUAGAGCAAUUUUUUGAAACAUCAUCGGAUGGGGACAGGGAUAAGAUCAUGGAUCGAGUUCGAAAACUCCUGGACGAAAUUGAUCAAGAAGACCAAAGGUAUGGCCAUCAUCUUGACGAACUCAGAGAGCUGGUUGUGAGUGUGGGGCAGAACCUUGAUAACAAGCUUGAACUGGUUCGGAUAGGGGCGGAUCUAGAAAACACACGUAAAGCAAAGGACAAGUGGUUAAUGGUGACAUCUCGCAUGCUGCAUUUCCCAGUAGUUCGUAUUUUUGCAGGGGUAGCUUUGCUUACUAGCCGUGCUGUGUUUACAUCUAAAGAGAAGAAACUCACAGAAAGACAGAAGAAGUUACAAGAAAUUAAGAAUGCGUGA